GCCGUUGUCAAGACGAUGGAGCUACAAGUUGAGACUGGUCUGAGCUCUCGCCCUCAGUUAGACUCAAACGACAGAGCAGCAUUAACAAGCACACAGCAAUCCGACCUCAACAAAGAGAAGGUCAAAGUUAGACUGCAAAACGAAAAAUAUUUCAGAAAGCAUCCUGAGAUACCAUUGCUUUUGGAAUCAUUCCUUCAGAAAGUGUUACUUAAAAAACCUGAUGAUAUCAAAGCGUUUGCAGCAAGUUAUUUCACUGAUCCAAGACUGCGCGAGAUUAUAAACUUGAAACUGAGUGAGAGACAAAAUGAAGAUAUAUGAAAAACAAAAUUUUCAUCCCACAAAACACUUAUAAUAAUAAUAAUAAUAAUAAUAAUACACCAAGCAGCAAUCCUUCUCUCUCUCUCUAUCAUUUAUCAACACACACACAUUAUGAUAAAUAUCCAGAAUGUCUUCAUUCCUCUACCCAUACAUGCAGGUAUACUUUCUAUAGAUAAUGACCAAUAAUAAUAUACAUUCAUUUCUGUCCAUUUCUUUGCCAUCUCUUAUACAAGUUGAGUAUUGUGCUAAUCUCAAUGCCA